AUGUGUUUUACCAGAGCAUUUCGUUUUGUCCUUACGGUAUUUUUACUACAGUCUUCACGGAAAUCUCAACGGUCUACGAAGCAAACUCAGCCCGACGUCGAUGCACCUCCCCAGCGCUUUGCUUCUGCUGCUAGCGACGAUAUUCCAGGAAUAUUGCGGCAGGAUGAGCAAGCCUCUGUCUCAUCUGAUUUAGAGGAUUGUAAGGAAUUGUGGAUGGAUGAAGUUGAUCAUUAUAUGCUCGAGUCAACUAAACGAUAUCAACGUGUCGAGGAUUGGUUUCACGCGAGUUUGAAGGAACGCACAUCUCUUACUGCGCAACGCAUGUCCCAUUACUACUCGGAAAAGAUAGCUAGAUUGCCCCUACAACCGCCUUCCCCUUCACCGCCAAUACCGCCUCCUCAUGUUGACGAAUAUUCAUACCCCGCCCAUUCUCGCGAUUACAGCCCACAUGGAUACGAUGCGCCGUACAUCGACGAGCCUUACCAAGAGCAUGAAGCAGAUGAUCCUCCUCCAACAUCACCACCACAAUUACAGGCUCGUGCGAAACCGAAAGGGAAGAUUGGUGAAAAGCGGCCAGCCGCUCAGAUGAUCGCUGACGGUGUGGAUGAGAUCGGCGUCCUUUCAUCCACGACAAAACAUGCGAUCAAGAAGCGUAAGCUUGAGAGCGGUACAAUAGAUUUAGUCGCCGACGAAGAGCAACUUUUUGAUUCAGAAGUACCCAAACUUCAGCCUAUACCCCCCUCUGUCAAACUCGUGAGAGGGAAAUUGGUGCCUUUUACUCCUCGCGAUACUAGUCUUGAUAUAGUACCUCCUGGCAAAUACUCUAGAAAGAAACCAGGCCCCAAAAAGAAAGUACCCAUCGCACCUGAAUUGGUGCAAGAGAUGCCUUCUGUCCCGCCUUCUGUCGCAGGAGAUGUUACACCUGUUGCCUCUCGCGCUGCCACCCCGGCACCCGUUCACUCCGGCGUCAUUUUCGAGAUGGACGAGGUGAUACCCUCAUUAAAAAAAGCGAAGAAGAUGGAUGAUUCUGCCAUACAGAAGCGUGUCAAAGCUCUAGAAGACGCACAGCGUAAGGUAUGGACAACCAUCGCGAGGCGCGACGUGGUUAAGGUGUAUAAAUAUCACUCAACGGGCCACCAAGCUCGAGUGGCUCAAUUGGAACGUAUUGCCAAGUUGGCGUCGCUUCAGGCGCGUCGACCAUACACGAAGACGGUUAAAACAGGGAAGGAAGUUCAGGCGAAAGCUAAGCGGCUAAUGCGUGAGAUGCAAGUGUUCUGGAAGAAAAAUGAGCGAGAAGAGAGAGAUGUUCGUAAACGCGAACAGAAGGAAGCUAUGGAUCGAUUAAAGAUCGAGGAAGAACGUCGUGAAGCGGCAAGACAAGCCAGAAAACUUGAGUUCUUGAUCAGUCAGACCGAACUCUACAGUCAUUUCGUUGGAAACAAACUCAAGACUGCGGAAGUCCAAGGGGACGAAAUUUCGGCUGCCCAAGCCCCUGCUGGUGCUGAGGUUACCGAUGUUGGACCUGAUGAUCUCAAGGAUAUAAACUUUGACGAUGAUGACCAAACCAAUCUAUAUCGACAUGCACGACACAAUGCUCAAGAGGCUAUUGAGCUCGCUAGAAAUCGAGCACAAGAGUUCGAUGCACAGGCUGCGUUAGAGCGAAGGAACAACGAAGCCAUUAAGCUGGCCAAAGAACAAGAUCGACCCGGGUCAGAGCUCGCUAAUGACGCCAGCACUUCCGCUGAAAGACGAUCAUUGGAGCCGCAAUCGAAUGGUGAUGCGCCUUUGGACUUGGAUUCGGAUGAGCUCAACUUCCAAAACCCGACUUCGCUGUCAGGCCAGUUGACUAUAAGUCAACCGAAGAUGCUGAUGGCCCAGUUGAAGGAAUAUCAACUGAAAGGUUUGAACUGGCUCGGUACGCUGUACGAACAGGGCAUCAAUGGCAUCCUUGCAGAUGAGAUGGGUUUGGGAAAGACUGUGCAAUCAAUAUCAUUGCUUGCCUAUCUGGCAGAGACACAUGAUAUAUGGGGUCCUUUCCUGGUCGUCGCGCCUGCUUCGACCUUGCAUAACUGGCAACAGGAGAUUACCCGUUUUGUUCCGGGACUGAAGGCUCUUCCUUACUGGGGAAAUGUCAAGGAUCGCGCAACCUUGAGGAAGUUUUGGAGCAAAAAGGAGAUCAGUUAUAACCAGGACGCUCCUUUCCAUGUGUUGAUCACAAGUUACCAACUGGUAACGCAGGAUCAACAAUACUUCCAGCGCGUGAAGUGGCAGUAUAUGAUUCUGGAUGAAGCCCAAAACAUCAAGAACUCCUCUUCUGUACGAUGGAAAACGCUAUUGGGUUUCCAUUGUCGAAACCGUUUACUUCUGACUGGUACACCGAUUCAAAACUCGAUGCAAGAGCUAUGGGCUCUCCUUCAUUUCAUUAUGCCCAGUCUUUUUGAUUCGCAUGAUGAGUUCAAUGAAUGGUUUUCUAAGGACAUUGAGAAUGCUGCUGAGAACAAGGGCAGCAAGCUGAACGAACACCAACUGCGACGUUUGCAUAUGAUCUUGAAGCCUUUCAUGUUGCGUCGUGUUAAGCGUCAUGUUCAGAAUGAGCUCAGCGAGAAGAUCGAGAUUGAUAUAUAUGUAGACCUUAGUGCUCGUCAGAGAAAGCUUUAUCGGGCACUUCUAACCAACGUUUCCGUCGCGGACCUAUUGGAGAAGGCCGCCAACAUUGGUGAUGUUGACUCUGCUAGAUCUCUUAUGAACUUGGUCAUGCAAUUCCGAAAGGUUUGCAACCACCCCGAACUUUUCGAGCGUGCCGAUGUGGUCGCUCCGUUUUCUUUCGCUCACUUUGGACAGUCUGGAUCACUCAAUCGCGAGGGCGAUUUUCUCCUUUUUCCUUAUUCAACGCGGAAUCCAAUCCAGUUUACAGUGCCCGAGCUCCUAUACAAAGAUGGAGGACUUAUUGAUGUUCCCCAUGAAAAUUCAGCGUCCUCCCAGUCGAGUUGUUUGUACAAGCUCAUGAAUAUAUGGCGGACGGAUUAUAUUCAUAAAUCGUUGUGGGAGGAAAAAUCUUCCUCAUUCUCGUUCUUACGUUUGAUUGGCACGUCGCCCCCAGAAGCUCAUGAAUUGCAUACGGCCCCAUUGAUUCGAAGAAGGCUCUUAGCCACGCAAGCAGAGAGACAACUGUUAGAUAUGGCACCGUAUCUGUCAGUUGAUCCUGAUUUCGCGCCGUAUUCGACUCAAGGUCCAAUGAAGUUUACCAUUUUGCCAUCGUUGGUGAACCUCAAUGUCGCUGAGUGCAUGCCCGACCUGCGCUCUAUAUCAAUCUUGUCAUGGCAAGAGUCUUGUUUAUCACGCCCAUUAUUAAAGUGGUCUAUUCCCCCCGUGGUUGCACCACCCGUAACGAUUUACUGCAAAGACCGUGCUUUCGUCGAGUCUCAACUUCGAGUGCUGGAAGACCCUGUUGAUUCUCUGGCCUUGUACGGCCUUCCUCCGUCGCUAAAGGAUUCGCAAGAAGCCUAUGUCCGCUUCCAGCAACAAUAUCCAGGCGUACCCCCUUUUGGUCUUUUUGCUGCCUCUCCUUCCGACCAGAUUCCCUUAUCCAAAAUGCAGGUUCCUGAAGCUAAGCGACUUAUAUAUGACUCAGCCAAGUUAGCUCGUUUGGACGCUCUCUUGCAAGAACUUAAAGCAGGUGAUCAUCGAGUGUUGGUGUAUUUCCAAAUGACAAGGAUGAUGGACCUCAUGGAGGAGUAUUUGGUGUAUCGCCAAUAUAAAUACCUUCGGCUCGACGGUUCUUCCAAGAUUGAAGAUCGACGAGACAUGGUCAUCGAUUGGCAAACGAGACCGGAUAUCUUUGUGUUCCUUCUCAGUACUCGGGCUGGCGGACUGGGUAUAAACCUUACUGCAGCAGAUACGGUCGUGUUCUAUGAUCACGACUGGAACCCUUCCAAUGAUGCUCAAGCUAUGGACCGUGCUCACCGUCUGGGGCAAACUCGUCAAGUGACUGUUUACCGUUUGAUUACCCGGGGAACCAUAGACGAACGUAUCGUUCAACUUGCCCGAGUUAAAAAAGAUGUGCAAGACAUCGUGGUCGGAAGCAAGAAUUUCACCGACGUAGCCAAACCAAGCGAAAUCGUUCAACUCUUAUUGAACGACGAGCAACUAGCUAGCUUGGACACUUCAAGCUCUCAGGGUGCCGCAAAUAGCAAAGGAAAAGGUGUGCCUGAUAGCACUCGUGAUCUUUGGAUAGAGGAGGGCGACGAAUUUUUCGCUGGCCCACAAUCUACUGCAGUGGGGGCUUCAGGCAUUGAGGCCGCGGAGGAUGAAAACGGCGUGUCGAUGAAGAAGAGAAAGAAACCGGGCCCAAAGCCUGGUACUCGUCGAAAGGCGCCAGUCAAGAAUUCGAAACCGACCACAGAGGUUCAAACUGUUGAAGAGGGUUAA